CUUGCUGUGUCUGCGUUUAGUGCAUGUCCUUUUCACACACAGACUGAAACAGUGUCGGCUCUUUAACAUCAUAUUACCUUCUCCUUCUCCUCCCACACCCACGACGUAGCACACUAGUGUCAAUACUCUCCAGCAGUGGGUCUUCUCUACUUGCUGCAGUCUGCCACACCACAUUCUCAACUGCGCUCUUCAGCCCCUCCAAAGCGUUUAGAUAAUUCAUGCUCCGGUGAAACAUACCUCACAACACAGCUCUUAGAGUCGAGAUUGCUCUAGAAUACAGAGGUAUUGAGCUCGCCCUCAUUCGGCUGUGUCCGGAUUGCCUCGCCUCAUUACAUUAAGAGUGCUGCAGCGGUUUGGACCCCUCCUCGGUUUGUCAACACCGCCUCUGCACAACUCAAGAGCACCAUGUCGCUGUACCCGUCUCAGAUUAAGGCUUUCAAGAGCAGCGAGCCCAAAACCCUUGGGGCAGUGGAGAUCAUCAUUGGGUUGCUGACGGUCAUUCUGAGCACGAUUGUGUAUAAACUGCACUACCACAUCCAGCGGGAGGUCAUCAUCCUCAUCCUGAAUGGUGCUCAACUCAUUAUCACUGGAAUUGUCUUGGUGCAUACUGGUAGGAGACCAUCUAAAUGUCUGGUGGGUACAACCAUUGUUUUGCAGUUGCUAACCGCAGCAUUUGAUAUUGUCGGAUUUGGUCUCAUAGCCCGACAUGUGCCCUUUCGUGGGGAAUCCUACUAUUACAGAGACACCGAGUGGUGUUGUGACCCACUCCAUUCAGUGUGGGCUUGCUGUGGAGAAGGAGAUAAAGCGGGACAGAAGGAGUUCCUGGUGAAUGGCAUUUUGGGCACCUUGAUUGGUUUUUUGGUAUUGGUGUGUAUUAUCGGUUUGGUUGUGGCACUUUUUGGAGUGUAUGCCCUAUCUGUUAGUGCUAUUAAGGAGAUGACACCUAUUCCUACCUCCACUGCAAACGCACAGUACGGUGCCGGAGGACAGGCCAGGACUAAUGUGCGUAAUGGGAACUGACCGAACAAAAUCUCUCACAGGAUAAGAUCAAUGGUUUUAGCACAGUUUCAUACCAAUCAAAAGAAACAACUGUUUCAACUCUAAAUCACACACAAUUCAAACAAAAACUUUUGUGACAAUGUAAAUAAUUUGUAAACAAACAAACAAACAAAAAACAACUGUUAGGUCGUUAUUUGGCUGUUUUCUCACGCUGCAGUGAAUUUUGAUGGCUAAAUAGUUGCUAGGACUUCAUUCAUUUUGCACUAAUAGACAAGUUUGUUUGCAUGAAAAUACUUUUGUAGUGUCAGUAAUGAGCAAGCCAUAGACGUGAAUGCUGUAAGAUUGUACAGAAAUGUAGGUAGCAAUUCUUUUUUUUUAAUAUGCUAACCAAUUUGCAAAUUAGACAGAUUAUCAGUCACAAAAUACAUGUUUGUACUGGACUACAACUGCUUUCAAAACAAAGAAAGAAAUAUGAGAGAUGAUGUAUAAUAUAGUAUAUUAUUAAUGCAAGUCUGUGCUGGGGUGCUGUAGAACAUCAUUUGCAUGAAACAUUAGUCAAAUUAUAAGGCUAGUAAUGAGAGAUAAUACUGAACAACAUUUAUUAAGCUUUUCCUCAAAAAAACAUUGGGUUCAAAAGAAUCUACCAAGGAAUCUAUCUGGCCAACUCAAACAAAAACCUUAAGAUUACACACUAGCAAUAUAUAAUGAACACUAGUAAUGUCAGUGUAUUUGUAAUAUUUGCAUUUACAUUUUUAGGCAACCAGAGUUGACAGACUUUACAAAAGAAUGAAAGCUUGAUAAAUAUUGCCCAGAGUACACAUGAAAGUAAGGAUGUUUCUAAUGUGGGAGAACUGUGUCAAGAUCAUCUAAGUGUUAACAAAUGAUUGGCAUUGCUUGGCUUUUUUUGUCAUCCUAUUUUAUAUUUACUGAUACUUCAGGAAAGCUAUGAUGACUGCCAACUCUGUAAGUGCCACCACUUGUGACCAAAAUUAAUGGACACUAACAACAAAAAGUAAGAGGUUGAAGCCUCACUUAAGGGCUCAGCCGGUGUAAUCUCCUCUUGUGGAAGCAUGUUAUCAGUUCACAGUACUGUCUGUGUCAGUGUGUCAUUGCCUUUACAACAGCAUGUCAGAUUUACAUUUUGCCUGUAUUCUUCAACUUCUUUAUAUGUAGUGAUGGAAAAUCAUAGACAGUGUCAUGCGUGUUUAUGUAUGAUUGAUGUUUAAAAUAAACAUGAUUUGCUAGACAAACA